AUGUUGGUCCAUGAUAUAACAUUAGUGGAUGCAGAGAAUGUCAGUGCAAAGUUCAAGCCACAAAGUGGAGAUCUCAUUGCUCUCACAAAGGAGCUACCAAGAAGUUUCCAUGACUUGAAACCAUUGCUUCUUGCCUAUGUUCCUGUAGAUGAUCAUCCAAAAAUCCCUGUUAUUUUGUCUAAAAUGAUAUCAGAUGAAGAGAAAAAAUCACUUGGGUUUGGUGUUUUUCUCAUGAACGCAACUACAAACGUCCGCAUAUGGAAUGCUUUGCACCGUGAAGCUUCCAAAUAUGAUCUCAUCCAGAGUGUUCUUCAGCCAAGUACUACGGGUAUAGAGCAAACUGUUUCUUCUGAUAAUAGUUGGGGACAAGAUGUUUUGGAUAUUAUCCAAUCAACGAACUUGAACCCUUCCCAAGAAGGUGCGAUAUUGAGCUGCCUUGAGACAUGUAAUCACAGGCACAGUGUGAAACUGAUUUGGGGACCUCCUGGCACAGGCAAAACAAAGACAGUUGCAACGCUUCUCUUUGCCCUUCUCAACCUAAAACGCAAAACAGUUGUUUGUGCUCCUACAAACACAGCUAUUGUAGAAGUAACAUCGAGGCUAUUGGAAUUAUCCAAGAAAUCUUCAGAACACGCCACGUACGGUUUUGGAAAUAUUGUUUUAGCUGGAAACCGCAAAAGAAUGGGGAUUGAGAACAAUGCUUAUCUUCGGGAUGUGUUUCUUGAUCAUCGCAUCAGUAAACUUGGUAAAUUGUCUUCGAAAUAUUCUGGAUGGAAGCGAAGUUUGGAGUCAUUCAUAGACUUUCUUGAGAAAACAGACGCUAGGUACAAGCAAUAUGUUGAGGCUAUAAAAGAAGCUGAAAAAAAUAAAGAAGAAGCUGAAAGUAAGAAGGAGCAAGAAGAGGUUGUAGAGAUUCCUACAUUUGAAGAGUAUGUAAAGAUGAAGUUUAAUGGAUUAGGUAAACAACUGGAGAUAUAUAUGGUUGAUCUGUACACGCAUCUUCCCAAAUUUUUCAUUUCAUAUGAAGAUGUGGAGAAACUGAUCGCAGCUCGUCAAGCCGUAGAGCGUGUCAGAGAUUUCUUGCAGGAGAAUGUUUUCAAGAAAAGAAGUUAUAAAUAA